CCCUCUACUGUACCCCCCCCCAAAAAUGGCCUUUGCGUACCCUUGGCUACCAAGCCAUCUAAGAGGCCUCUACGACUUUCUCAGAUUCCAAGAAUCAACCUGGGGCUUCACAAUCUACCGUACCACAUAUACUCAACAGUCCGAUGCUGCAUUUCCGCAAAUAAUCGACCUAAUCACUUCAUAUAUCAAAUAUAAAUUUUACCGUGAAUUUUCUGACCUACAAGAGAGAAACCCGGACAAAGUGGACAAAACUGUCUUUGACGAAUUAUGGGCCUGCUAUCGUCCACGUAUUAUUGAUGAUACUCAAUUUAAUGAUGCUUCAAUAGACUUUCUUCGAUCUCAUUUCGAGUCCUGGGUUGAGAAGCGGAAUAUGCGGGAUCGAUUUCCAAGCUACAGAAUGUUUAUUGUGAUUGAUGAAGAGUCUUUCCAGACAUUGCUAGAUGCGCCAAAUGCGGAGGAAUCUGUGGCCUGGCAGAGGACUAAUCACUUUGUGAAGGUUGUUGAGGCUUGGCCAGAUAAUGAUCCGCCAUUUGAGGGGUGGAUGAAAUGUUCUUUGAGCGGUUUGUGGGAUUUGUGGCCGGUGAUGCAGGAUGGAGAUUACAUGCGGAUGAGUUAUAUGAUGAUGAGAGGGGUUCGUGAUGUGUAUUAAGUUGUGGAGGAUAUUUUUAUUUUUUAUUUUUUUAUUUUGUACAUGUGAGGAUCUAUGAAAACAUUCGUGCUGAUAAUGAGAUCCAUAACUUCC